CGUAGCCGUGCCACUCCGACCAAACACCACGUGGCACGCGUCCGAGUUGCACGUGCAUUCGCGGAGCUGCGAGAGCCCGGUGCGCGCGCGAAAGCGGGCGCUUGCGAGAGAGCUUACGAGGGAAAAAGAGAGAGGAAGUUCCAAGUAACGGGAAGAUAUUUUCUCGUCGCCGGAGAACGUUACGCUUCCGCGCGAAUCUCUUGAAUAGCUUCUUUCUCUAACUCAUACCCUUCAACCCAUUCCACACCGUCAUUCCCUUGCCUUUUUCUCACCCUUUUCCUCUGAUAUUUACCUGUCUCUCUCUCUUUCUCACCCUCAUUCUCCAUUCCCCUCCGAUUUCAACGCUUUAUAUAAACGAUCGAUUGCGUCAUUGUCAUAUUAUAUUACUGUGACGUGAAAGAUUUAGUCGUGCUUCGGAAAAACCUGCCGAGAUCGAGUUUCCAUUGAAAAUCAAGAACAAUCGACAAAGACGUUUCAACGUGAGUUACGGACAAGGCGAUAAAAUGACUAUGGAUGGGAGCAAGAGCGAGUCGGGCAAGAACGGGGCCACUCAACAAGAAUGCGCGGGCUGUGGAAAAGCGAUUACCGAGAGAUACCUUCUGAAAGCGUUGGACAUGUAUUGGCACGAGGACUGCUUGAAAUGCGGAUGUUGCGACUGCAGACUCGGUGAAGUCGGCUCGACGCUUUACACCAAGGCCAAUCUCAUCCUUUGCAAAAGAGAUUAUCUACGACUUUUCGGAAAUACCGGUCACUGCGCAGCCUGCAGCAAAGUUAUCCCAGCAUUCGAGAUGGUGAUGCGCGCGAGGACUAACGUUUACCACUUGGAGUGCUUCGCUUGUCAACAAUGCAAUCACAGAUUUUGCGUGGGCGACAGAUUUUAUCUCUGUGAUAACAAGAUUCUCUGCGAAUACGAUUAUGAAGAGAGGCUGGUUUUCGCCAAUAUGGCUCUGCAUCCUCCACCUACCGCAACCUUGGCGCACAUCAAGAGACAAGUGACCCAUCUUCAGCCACCUCAGAAUGUAACCGCGGGUGGCCCUCAACGACAGGCAAACGGGGAAGCGGCCCAUAACCACAACGGAUAUCCAGCGCCAGCCAGCUCGAGCGCCCAUAACGUCCUGAACCCCAUGAAUAAUUUAAACGGUAUCAAUGCGCAAGCAUCGUACGAUGCCAAAUGACAAACGAAGUAAGCACCGAUAUAUCGAUUGAGCCGCGCGACGGGAGAGGGAACGACUCGUGGAAUCUCGCGUCAUUCUCAUUGUCUUCGUGGUUUACCAUGCCGAUCGUCCAAACCCGUAAUUUUAGCAUAUGACUCGGCAAAUUGCGAGUAAUCGAAUAUCCCUCAACCAUCGAAAAAUAAUAAGAUCGUUAAAUUAUCGACAUCAAACAAUGGUGGGGGAGGGAAAAGUGUUACCGCGCACAGAUAUAUAUUAUAUAUUCGCAUUAUAUUAUAUUUCGCUUUUCGUCGCGAUUGAAAAUCAACUAGACGAAGUUCAAUUUUCAUGUAAAUAAAGAAUUAAAAAUAUAUAUAAUAGUGUCUCUGCGAAACAACGCGAAUAAGCGGCGUAGGAAUGUAAAACUAUAAAAAAAUAUAAAAUUAAUAACAUAAGGAUAUAUCGCGACGUUCUGUUAAAAAAGGAAUAGGGACAUAAAAUUUCUUAAAAACUGACAAAAUUGUGGAGCAACUAUAUCUCCUAUGUCAUCUUCUACAUCAUUUAACAAAUGCUUAUUUUCCGGACGAAUUAUUAUUCCAUCUUCGAAUAAAUUCUCCAAUACAAGACAGAACGUGAGGGAAGAAUAUAUAAAUCCGGAAUAUGUGUCUUUCGUUCUCUCACUUAAUUAGAUUUAUAUAUUUGAGAUGUCGAAUGGAUUCGUCUUCCCUACGCUCGACUGGUUAGACGAUAAAUAAAUAGAUAAAUAAAUAGAUAAGUAGACAGUAGAUAGGUAACGAAUGUUUUGGCCAAUUAUGGCAAAUUAUUGGUGCUCUUUAGAUUAUAAUUGAUCGAGUGUCUGCGCGAUCCAGUAAACAAAUAAAAAUAAAUACUAAGAAAAAAAAAACAAAAAAAAUAUAAAACCUGCAUGAAAAUUUAUGCACUAGAAAAAUAUACCGCGACUUCUUCCGGAUUUAUUUGAUUUCAUAAAAUCCUUGUACCGACAUCUAUCCACUUCCGGCCGAUCUUUUAAAGAUCUUUAACAGCAAUCGAGUCAUACGAGAAGCCCGAAAUUUGAGACGGUAAUAAAGUUUAGUGUCUAACGUUUAAUGUGCUCGCCUCGCCGAGGGCGGCAUCUCGGUGAGAUGGUACGCAGGAUGACCCUUGAUAGGUCCUAUCGAACGAAGGCGAGCAUCGGGAAUCGGCAGAUCGAAUCGGCGGGCUUCGAGAGAGAAGCAGUGCAAGUAGCAACGGCAACUACUCGCCACCCCAUGGGACUCAUACGUUAAGGGUGACUUAAGCAUUGUUUCAACUUCGAAUCUCCCGGCAGAGGCCCAGAUUGAUGUCGCGAACUUUUCCGUUGCCUUAUUUGCGAGUCAGAUAACGAGGCUGAGUUAUGUCAAAAGUUCUCUCUCUUUCUCUCUCUCCGGCCCGGCCCAUGCUGAUCGUAUCGGAUCACGAAGAAUACCCGUAGUCGGGAAGAAUGUUUUAUUUCUUCCCUUAGCUCUUCGGGGAUUCAUCGUCGAUGCCAAAAGUACCUAUGUCGAGCGAUAAUAGGCUAACAGCUGCUUCGGAAAACUGCCGAUUCCUUCGGAGGUGCUACCUUCAUGGUUUCUCCCCGGUCGCAAUAACGAGGUAAUGAGAAAAAUCUUCUUACAAUUAGCGAAGGGAGGCAAUAAUUAAAUUGUUGAUCAUCCGUGGCAAAAGAGAGUUUAAGGAAUAGAUGUUAGAACCGUAUUUCGCGAAACUAAUUGAAAUUGACUGUGAAUCUAUUGUUAAUAAAUUACGUUAAUAUUAUAUUAAUAAAUUACGUAAAUAUUUUCUUAUACGCUUCUGUUAUUAUAAUUUUAUGCAAAUUAAGUAUGAAUAUAUUAGCUCGCGUCAAUGUUUCUUAUACAUGAUACUUUCUUAUACUUUCGUAAUAUUUUAUUAUACCAAAUAUAUGCAGCAUGUGUAUGUAUAUAAAUGAUGAUAGCAAUUUUGAAUUAUAUGGUAAAUAACAUCAUAUGCAUAAUUAAUAACGAGUGCCAAUUAUUAGCGCACUUUUUUCUCGACUUUUCGCGAGUAAAAGCAUCGUAUAAGCAUACAGUUCAAUCUAUCCAACCACAUUGAAUCAUUUUGAUUUGACUCGCAACUUGUAUUUUCAUACUAAAACAUAACAGUAACCUUAUUGUUGCAUUCAUCGAACGCAUUAAAGUCGCCUAAGGAAUGCGAUUUCACUCAACAUUAAAAUAUAUUUCAACAAUUGUAAUGAUUAAUUCUCUCGCAAAAUAUAUGAUAAUUCCAGCAUAGUUCCUAAACGCGAAACUUCGUUUUCGACGAAACUACUGCGAUCACCAAACAAAUAUUUAUACCGUACUUAUGCGACUAUCAAAUGAAUGUUUAACAGGACACAGACAGUGCGAAUAGUACCGAAAGUACAUUUUUGUACAUUGUAUUCUACGGUAUCGCUUUCUAAAUCCCCGUAUAAAUCAUGGGCAACAUUAUAUAUAUAUCUCUACUAUUGAUUAUGUGCGCUUGGAUCACGACGUACGAAAGAACCGAGAUAUUAAUUAAUUAAGAAAGUGUGUAUGCGUUUACUAGUAUAGAUACGUUUUAUAUUAUAAUUCUAUCAUAGAAGUAUUAAUAAAUUUGUUUCGA